CAUUAUAUUUUUUAAUUUCCGAAAUGACCGUACUGGAGUCCGAAGAUACCAUAGAGACCAAAGACACUGUUCAGGUGUCCGAGGAAGCACAGCCAGUAGACCAGGAAAUUGAACCAAAUGAUUCUACAGUUGUAAAUACGGAAAUAAAAGAACAAAUUAUAGAUGAAAGCCUGCCAAACAAGCAAGAGGAAGGGGAAUUGCAAUCGGAAGCUGUAGAAGAAUCCGGCGCGUUACCUCCAGCCGAUGGCCAUGAAGAAGCAAAGGUAGACCUCGAAGAAGAAACUUUGGCAGAUGCAAACAUACUACAAACAAAUAAUAACCCACAACAAACUACCAUCGCCCAGGAAGUGACGAAGCAAACCCAUGACAACAUAUCAAGCAAUGAUAAUGUUAACACAGAAGUGAAACAAACAACCCAGCCAUCUGCAGAAGCUAAUGAAGAUGUGAUCAAUAGUUAUCGGAUCUUUAUUUCAAAGUUAGCAUACGAAGCUACGCACAAUGACCUACAAUCCUACUUUAGCCAAUUCGGUAAUAUUACGGAUAUACACAUUCCCAGAUACUCAGGGAAUCCAGCUGUUAACAAAGGAUAUGGAUUCGUGUCCUUCGAUAAUGAAGCAAGCUUAGUGAAGGCAUUGAACGUUUCGUCGCAUAUCAUACUUGGUAGAGAAGUUGUACUUCAUCGUGCUAUUGGUCAAAAACAUCCAGGUGGUGGAAAAGGAGCUGAUGAAGCACCGCACCCCGUUAGAGAUAGGUAUCCAAGGUCCAAAAGACAAUAUGAAGGAAAUGAUAACUAUGGAAGUAGAUAUAACAAAAGAGGAAGAGAUGAUCGCUACAGGUCAGAUUACUACCCCCCGGAUCGUGGAAACUACGGAAACCCGAUGCCUUACCAAAGAGGAUAUCCCACAUUCGAUCCACACAAACCAGUCAACUAUAUAUUCUCUGGAUCCGCCAGAAUGGAUCAUUACGGGGAAAUGGACCAUAACAGCCACUAUGACUCCAGGAGCAUGGCACCAACAAGAUCAAAAUCAAGGAACGUGCCCAAACUGUUUAUUGGAAGAUUGGAUCCGGACACUAGCGUGGGUACGAUGAGGCAUUACUUUGGGCAAUUUGGAGAAAUAGCCGAAGCGUACAUUCCACGCGACUCAUACACCCUAAAAGGAAAGGGAUUCGGAUUCCUUACAUUUACACACAAGGAUUCUAUACUUGCCGUAAUGCAACCUAAUGCCAAGCAUUAUAUCGAUGGCAGAGAAGUUGUGGUCGAUUACGCCGAUAUGGGCACCCGAUGAAACUGACACUAGAC